UUUGUUUUUAUUUUUUUAAAUACAGUAUGAUAAAUGCAGACUUCAGUACAGCCACCGUCUUGAUUUCAUUUGGAGCUGUCCUGGGGAAAACAAGUCCAGUCCAGAUGCUGAUCAUGACCAUUCUGGAGAUCACAAUCUUUUCAUGCAAUGAACAUCUUGUUGUGAACGUACUGAGGGCCACUGAUACUGGAGCAUCAAUGACAAUCCAUGCUUUUGGAGCCUAUUUUGGAUUGGCUGCAGCGCGAGUCUUGUAUCGUCCUGGUCUGAAAGAAGGACAUAAAAAUGAAGAGUCAGGCUACCACUCAGACAUGUUUGCCAUGAUUGGUACCCUUUUCCUUUGGCUGUUUUGGCCCAGUUUUAACUCUGCCAUUGCGCACCCUGAUGUCCAGCAGAGAGCGAUCAUUAACACUUACUUUUCUAUGGCUGCAUGCACACUCACAGCCUUUGCCCUCUCAAGCCUGGUCAAACACAGAGGCAAGUUGAAUAUGGUAAGAGUCACGUCAAAAUCCCAUGUCUGGCAUUAAAUCUAGCGUAGAAUU